UCACUUCAUAGGUUGCUUGUUUCUCUCGCCAGUCGCGAGAUCUGGCAACACCGAGUGGUUCCGUAACCAGCGCGCGAUAGUCGACUGUGCAGCAGCCAGCACAGGGCGCACUGAGACAACCCGAUAUCUUGCAUGGUCUCGUUUUAGAAAUGCCGAAAAGAACCAAGAACACUGAAGACCCGUUGAAAGAAGCAGCCGGAGAGUGCUUGCCGAGAGAAAGCAAUGAAGAAAACAACGCGGUUGCAGAAAGCAUGACAGAAAGCGUAGUCUCAGCAGCGGCAGAGGAAAACCUAGAAGAAGAAGGGGACUUUGAGUUGGAGUCUGAAUCUGAAGACUCUGAUUUGGAGUCUGAAGAUGAGGAGUCGGACUCAGAGCCUGAGCCACCAGCAAGGAGACCAAAGAGGGGAACAGAGAGCAAAGGCAUUGAGGAGACUACGACAAGCUCACCCGUGGAGGCAUGGAACGGCACAGACGAGGAGGACAUUGCACCUGAGCCACCAUCAUUCAGACCUGCCCGCACACCUGGUGCCCAGCUCUUGAAUGGAGUGUCAUACACUGUAUUAGACCUCUUUCAGUGUUUCUUGUCAAACUCCAUUUUACAGACCAUUGUCAUUAAUACAAACAAAUAUGGACAAGAGAACCACACAAAAUGGAAGAAAAUAACAUUAAAGGAUUUGUACUCGUAUUUGAGCAUGCUAAUCUACAGUGGCUUCUUUAAAGUGACCUCUAUGUCAGAUUACUGGAAAAUGUCUGAACUGUAUACUUUUUCAUUCCCUAGUACGGUCAUGUCAUGUAAGAAAUUUAGCGACAUCGCAGGCUCAAUUCAAUUGAGCGACCCCAAAGAUGAUGCUGCCAACAAUAAGAAAAAAGGCACAGCAGAUUAUGACCGUCUUUGCAAAAUUAAACCCAUGUAUGAGGAGGUACGACAGAGUUGCAAAGCCUGCUACCAUCCCCGACAGAAUAUUGCUGUAGAUGAAAGAUUGGUAAAGUCCAAGGCCCGGACUGGACUGAAGCAGUACAUGAAAAACAAACGGAGGAAGUGGGGCUUUAAGUUUUUCGUCUUGGCAGAUUCGAGCAAUGGAUAUACCUGGGACUUCACUGUGUUUGAGGGGAAAAACCAUCAUCGGACAGGAAAGGGACUUGGCUAUGACACAGUAAUGGAUCUUGUCACACCAAAGGUGCUGGGAACUGGUUACAAACUGUAUGUAGACAAUUUCUAUACCAGUCGGACCCUGUUUCUUGACUUGCUGGAAAAGAGAAUUCGGGCAUGUGGGACAAUUCGCUCCAACCAGCUUGGACCCCUCAGACUUAAAUCAGGGCAGCUGGACAAGAAGUCUCCCCGGGGCUGCAUCCGUUGGAUCAGGGACGGACCCAUCGUGUUUGUCCAGUGGAAAGACACAAGAGAUGUCCUGAUGUGCUCAACAAUUCAUAAGGCCCACGGAGAGGACACCGUUCAGAGGAAUAUGAAGGAUGUAGAAGGACAGUGGGCCAUGAACAGCAUUGCUGUUCCACCAGCCAUCCUGGAUUACAACAAGAACAUGGGUGCCGUGGACCACUCUGAUGCCCUGAUAAGCUAUUACAACGUCCUCCACAGAACUAAACGGUGGUACAGAUCUUUCUUUUAUCACUUUGUGGACAUCGCCGUUGUGAACGCUUUCAUCCUUCACAAAGAGUUGGUCAGUGCUAAAGGAGAGCGGGUGAUGACACAGAAGAAGUUUCGUGAAACGCUUGUGCUCGAACUCCGAGCAGCUGGGACCCCUAAUACCGCUGCACAAAGAGCCCCACUAUUCCAUUCUGAUAAUUAUCCAAAUGCUUGUAACAUCAGAGGUGUCUCACACAUGCCUGUGUACUUUACUCCUGAUGGUACCCAAGGUCGGCGGAGGUGUGUGCUUUGUCAUUUGAAGACUCCAUUAGGUUGCAGCACCUGUGAUAAGCCUUUGUGUUUCCGCCAUGAGCGACAGUGUUUCAACCUAUGGCAUGACCAGCUUUAGUGUCUGUGUUUUUUUUUGUAUUCUGCCAAACUGUAUAUACCUAGUGUGCCAUAUGUUAGUGGUUUUUUAGCACUGCCUUUAUUCAUUUUUUUGUACAACUUCUAUACAAUAAAAAUGUAUAAGCAUG